UCGUCUUGAUAGGCUAAUAUAUCUGGAGAAAAGACACGAAGGGACCCGUCGAUGAUCCAUAGAGGUAUACCUUCACGGUAAUUUGGUAGAUUUUUGUCCCCCACAUCAUUCUACUAUUUCUCUAUUGGGCUGUCGCGAGUUGUUUCGCUUCUCACUGGGUCCGUUUUGAUGGAAAAAAGCGACGCGGAGGAGAUGAUCCAGACGGGAGUCUAACGCAUUUUUUUUUGUCCAUUGACGAUCAUCUUGUUGCAUUGGACUUCUAUUGUGGGCUAUGGGAAGUAUCGAUUCGCAAGGAGACAGCACAUUUUGCUCUUCAUAAAGGAUGUGGUCAAGUAUUUUGGAAAAAUAGCCAUAGCUUCCGGAUUGUAAGGCCAAAUGACAUAGGAUGAAGGCUAUUCGUAACCAGUUGAUUUAUAUAUUUUCCACCUAUCUCCUGGUUAUGUUUGGAUUAACUGGUGCACAAGACUACUGGUGUUCCACUUUGGUCAAGGGGGUCAUAUAUGGAUCUUACUCAGUGACUGAGAUGUUUCCCAAGAACUACACAAACUGCACAUGGACGUUGGAGAACCCUGACCCUACCAAAUACAGCAUCUACCUUAAACUAUACAAACGAGACUUGAGCUGCUCCGAGUUCUCUUUGCUUGCUUAUCAAUUCGAUCACUACUCGCACGAGAAGAUCAAUGAAUUGCUGAAAAACAACGAGUCUAUAGUGUACCUGUGUGAUUCCAAGAAUAUGUAUAUAUUUUUGCAGUAUGACAAGAAUUUUGUGCAGCUACGGAGGGUUUUCCCUUACGAUUAUAACGGAUUGCAGAAGACGGACGAAGAGGAGAAGUCUGUGGUGGAAUUCUUGGUCUUGAACAAGGCGAGCCCCAGUCAAUUUGGAUGUCAGGUGCUGUGCACGUGGCUGGAAAACUGCCUGAAAUCGGAGAAAGGAACUGUGGAAACAUGUGGAAUAGUGUAUACGAAAUGCACCUGUCCCCAGCACCUAGGCGACGGAGAAUCAGAAAGUAUGCUUGUGCUUAACAACGUGGUUUUGCCUUUAAAUCCCCAAACGGAGGGAUGCCUGACUCCACAAAUCCGUGCUGGGCAGGUGUGCAACAUCAGUGCAGAGGUUAAACGACCAGCAAAGGAGGGUGAGUAA